UCCCGACUUACAGGAUAAUCAUGAGUGUAACUUUAUUUGAAAACGUAAGAAAAAGUAGAUGCAGGUGUCCUGAUAACCAGGGAAAAUGUGAAAACUGAAGAAGUGCCUUAAAGUCAGAAAGUGGUACUUCGCCGUAUAGCCAGCGCAACUCACUGAAGAGGAGGCAGGUGUAGCUUUCUCGGGAUAUGCUGCUUGACAUGGCCAGAGCCGAUGGUUUACUUUGCAGACGCAACGUGAAACUGGACUCUUUUCUGAAGAGAAACACCGAACGCGAUGUUUACGAGCGGAUUCGUGCCUAUGAACCUUGCGUUGUGGUCUCGGAAUCCAUCAACAAGGUGUUUAUGCACGUAGUGUUGAGUGAUGACAGCAUCUACCUGACGGAGUAUCCACCGCGCACCAUCCAACAGGCGGUCUGUUUCAGAGACAUUACUGACGUUGAGUUGGUGAAUGACUUUCCAGACUUCCUCAGUGGCCGGGAACGGGAGCGCUCGCAGCACAUCCGCGUCGUUUUCAGAACCACAAAGCAUGCUGGGAAGAAAGGCCUUAGGCUCCGGGGACGGAGGGCGACCAAUCCAGAGUCGGCCAGAGCCCCAUCUCAACAACAGCCAUGGAGCCUCUCCCCCUCUAUGGAAGGUAUAGGUGGAGUGCUCUUGUCCACUCUCUCUGCUCCUCCUGAGACUACUGACUGGAGAAUCUCCUCUUCGUCCAGGCAUGGUGUACAGGACAUGGGCGAUGACCGCUCUCACUCCGUGAGGAAGUUGCGCUCGGCCUCCUGCCCCAACCCCGACACCCUGGGGCUGCCCCUGCUCUCCCGGCCCUCCUCGUCCGACCCCCACACCGCCCCCUCCCGCUCCGUCACCUCCUCCUGCGCCUCCUCCCCUCUCCCGCCUCCCUUCCCCAGCCAGGGGAGGCCCGGAGGGUGGCGCGGCCCAGCGGGGAGGUCUCCUGAUCGGGCACUGCUGCCCAGGCGCAGGGCUACGCUGCUGGGCAGGCUGCUGAAGAGCUCGGAGGCGGAGCUGCACCUGUACGCGGUGUCGCUCACGUCACGCAUCUACCUCCACCUGCAGAGCUCCUGGAACAGCUAUAUUAUUAGAUCUACACUGAUGUUGGAUCCUUUAUACAAGCGGAGGUGUAGCUUGUCUUCCUCAUCAAUUCAAAAAUAUGACAAUAUAGGCUGGGAGCGGACGGCCCACCUGUUCCAUCAGCUGAGUGGGGAGGUCCUGAAGGAAAACCUGAGUCUGGAGGAUCUCUACAUCCUGCUGCAGGAACUCAACACAGCUGCACACCGCAGCGUCACCAUCAAGAAGCUCUUCUGGAGGUCAAGUGACUUGUGUCCGUUUCUGGUGAAAACACUGGCCCACUUCCUGCACGAGUCCGACCCUGGAGUCACCACCACAGACAGACUGCUGUUGUGCAUUCUCAUUGUCCAGACCCUCAGUCUCAUGUUCAGGGAGAUGGAGGUGGAGCCAGCCAGACUGAGCAUGCUGACAGCCAAUCAGGGAGCGCUAACGGCGAGGCUACUGCUAGCGCUGGUGUGUGAGCCGGACCAGCAGGCCUCGGACUCAGCGGAGUGGGAGCAGAGCGCAAACAAACGCACAGGGAUGCAGAUCCUGCAGGCUGAGUAUCUGGCUGUGGCUGCUGCUCUGCUCUUUGAGAUCAUAGUGCUUUGUCAAGAGGCUAGCCGUACACCAAGCAUGGAACACUUCCUGACUGUUGGCUGGGUGUUGAAAACUCUAAAGCCUCAGCCCUCCACUAUCCACUUUGUGGGCUACCAGACCCAUCAGGUGGUUCUGGCUCUGUCCAGUUCCCAGUCCACUCUGAGCCCGUCCCAGGCGGUCCUGCUCUACCAGCGCUGCCGGGUUCUGGUGGCCUGCCUUCAGUUCAGCCGCAUCCUGAGCGAGUUCAUCAGGGCCGAGUUCAGAGAGGAGUUCAGGUACUAUGUAAAAGCUUCAGGGUUUGUGGAGAAGUUGCCUCCCCACUACCCCAUCAGCCUACCAGCCCAGCGCCUUCUCUCACAGCUCCACUCAUUGGUGCUUCGACAACCCUAAACUGAGCCCUGAUUGGCUCAGCACCCACCUCAACACCACUGCUAUUGGCUAACUGACUCCGGCCUGUAGUCACAAGCCACACCUCUUGUCUUUCAUUCCAGGAAUUCAGUGCAUUCCAGUGUCCCGCAGUGACUACGACAGUGUGUGUGUGUGUGUGUGUGUGUGUGUGUGUGUGUGUGUGUGUGCGUGUGUGUGAGUGUUAGAGAACUCUGUCCCACACGUCCCACCUGAAGAACAAUCACACAUGUGCACAUACGAGACAUCUGCUUGGACUGCUGAACUGAUGAAGA